CAGGCUGGGCUUAUGACAGGCGUAAGGAGCACCACGGACUGGCCCCGAAAAGGCAUGCCUAGGCGCAAUUUGUGUCCUCUCCGGUGACUCUGUUAACGAUGGCGCCACUCCUCUCUGGGCCAUAUGGCGACACUCCUGAGGUAUCGAGCUAUUGUUUGUACAAUUGUACUUGUGCCUUGCUAUAUAACAGGACCUAUCUACUACACCGGCCCGGCUACCCACCAGGCAAAGCUACUGGUAGGUGUCAAGCACCUGCGGAUAGUUACGCCUGUUUCAAACUAAGUUGUAUUGUGUUGUUGGGCGAUUCCCAUCGCCCGGCGCGGCUGGCCUGCGACCACUGCAAAUGAUGAAUGGACUGCGCUGGGUCGCUUAUCGACGCCACUUGAGGCUCGCGAAUCGAUGUCCGAGACCAAAGACCUCUACGCCGUAUCACCGGAGCAGCGCCGAUAUUGAUUUCAGCCCCCACAGGGUGUCCGCCGACCGGACUGGCGCAGAACUUGAACGUCGAUACUGCUGGCAGCAUCGCUACUACUACCUACUAGUAAGGCGUUACUAUGGGCCGGAAGACGUGGUCCGGGUGAAUAAAAUACCCAGCUCAGAUACGGGCCACUCGACCGCCUAAGGAAGCGCGCCCGUGGCAGCUCUCUAUUCCUGUGGGCCGAAUAAUAAAGCUUGAAUAAUGUCGAAUCCAAGUCGUUCGCCUCGUGUGCCAGUCACGGUUCGAGUUGGUGGUCGCUCACCUUGAAAGAAACUCUAAUAAAUACUGCCGCGUAGCGUCAUUAUUUUAUUAUUGUUGUAAAAGUAGCUGCAGCGCAAAGAAAAAAUAUCUCCAUCAGUUACAUCAACUUGAACGCCAUCUCAAUUCCCUGAGUCAUCUACCUUUUAUCUCAACACCUCUUCUUUACCAUUUUUUACCCUAAUGAACCUCCCGUGAAGCUGUCCUUCACCAACCCGUUGCCGUCAUGGCAAGCAAACUCCCCCUGCGCAUGAAGCCCGCCAGCUUCGCAAGUGCGUCACGCAGGUCGCUGGCUUCUCUAGCUUCCAGCUCCGUCCGCAAAACAGCCUCUUCUCCCUUCGUUUCGCGACAAUCACCUAUCCUCCCUCGAGCUGUCUUCCGGCAAUCCUUUCGGCGGACGUAUGCUGAAAAUGCCGCCCCUCAAGCCCCUCAAGCGAUCCUGUCCCCGGCCGCGAAGCCGAAGAAGCGCUUCAGGUUUUUCCGCACGAUAUGGCGCGUAACAUAUCUUUCUCUGCUUGCCGCGGCUGGGUAUACCGGCUACAAGAUCUGGGAGCACAACAAUCCCAUUGAGCAAGCCGAUCCGGACCCAAACAAGAAGACACUGGUGAUUCUCGGUACUGGCUGGGGUUCGGUAUCUCUGCUCAAGAACUUGGAUACGGAAAACUACAAUGUCGUGGUCGUCUCGCCCAGAAACUACUUCCUGUUCACGCCGCUCCUCCCGUCCUGCACCACUGGUACCAUCGAGCAUCGAUCCAUUAUGGAGCCGAUCCGGAAUAUCCUGCGACACAAGAAGGCCAAGGUGACAUUCUACGAGGCCGAAUGUACCAAAAUUGACUACGAAAAGAAAGUCGUCCAUGUCAAAGAUAAUUCGGAAAUCAAGGGCGACACCAUGGAAACAGAGAUCCCUUUUGACAUGCUGGUGGUGGGCGUCGGGGCUGAAAAUGCAACCUUUGGCAUCCCGGGUGUUCGCGAACAUGCUUGCUUCUUGAAGGAAGUCGGGGAUGCCCAGAAGAUCCGCAAGCGUAUCAUGGACUGUGUCGAAACUGCCACGUUCAAGGACCAACCGCCCGAAGAGGUCAAGCGUCUGCUGCACAUGGUGGUCGUGGGUGGCGGUCCAACCGGUGUCGAGUUCGCUGGCGAGUUGCAGGAUUUCUUCCAGGAAGAUCUUCUCAAAUGGGUUCCUCAGAUCAAGGACGAUUUCCACGUCACCCUCGUCGAAGCGCUGCCCAACCUUCUGCCCAUGUUCAGCAAGCAACUGAUUGAAUACACCGAGUCUUCUUUCAAGGAAGAGCACAUUGAAAUCCGCACAAAGACCAUGGUCAAGAACGUCACUGACAAGUACAUCGAAGCGGAAGUGCAGCAGCCGGACGGCACCAAGCAAAUUGAGAAGAUCCCCUAUGGUUUGUUGGUCUGGGCCACGGGCAAUGCAUUGCGCCCCGUGGUCAAGGACCUGAUGUCCCAAAUUCCAGCUCAGGCCAAAGCUCGUCGAGGAUUGGAGGUGAACGAGUACCUAGUCGUCAACGGCACCGAGAACAUUUGGGCUGUGGGUGACUGUGCUGUCGCCAACUACGCGCCCACUGCCCAGGUGGCGGCACAGGAAGGUGCUUUCCUGGCCAGGCUGUUUAAUACUAUGGCCAAGACGGACGCCAUCGAAGCUGAGCUCCGUGAACUCUCCGCCAAACAGGCCGCUGCCACGGGCGACGAACGCAACGCCAUUCUCAACGAAAUCCGCGAGCGCCAGAGACAACUCCGGCGCAUCAAGCAGAUUGGACCCUUCCAGUAUUCCCACCAGGGCUCUCUGGCGUACAUUGGCGCCGAGAAGGCAGUGGCCGAUGUUUCCUGGUUCAGCGGCAACAUUGCCUCGGGCGGCACGCUGACAUAUCUGUUCUGGAAGAGCGCAUAUCUGAGCAUGUGCUUCAGCGCGCGAAACCGUAUCCUCGUCGCUUUCGACUGGACCAAGGCCAAGUUCUUUGGCCGUGAUGUUUCCAGAGAAUGAGAAAAUCAAAGCAUACCUACCUAGUUAAGGUACCUACCUAGGUACCUACCUAUAAGCCGGCCCACACCAUGAUUUCAUUCAUGGUGUUGCCACUGGUUUGCAGUCCGCAGCAGCCUGGCUUGGGUGUUCAAGUUGCCGUCUUGUAUUUUGUUGUAUUAUCAUCCCUAGUUGAUGUCCAAGUCGGGACGGGACCGGGAUGGGAAGAGCGUCGGUUGUGUGAUCUUGAUCCUCCUCGGGCUUGGGGUGGCACGGCAGUGAUUCCAAGACCCUUGAGUUGAAGGAUGGUUGGUUGUUGUCGUUAGUUUUUAUAGGUUAAUCUGAAGGCGUUCCCAGAGAACUACUACCUGCAGUGGUAUCCAGACACCUGUAGUAUCAUUGGUCUUGGACUUGGGGUUGUGGUAUUAUGGACCUAACUAGGUAUGCUUAAGCUGGAAACCAACAAGUACCUAAGGUUGAGCUGUCUGAGUCAAUGCAUACGUAUUACUGUCCAUGUCCAA